GGGCGGCAUGGCGGAGGGGAUCGCUGCCGCCGACGCCGCCGCUGAGGGAGAGCCGGAGCCGGAGCCGGAGCCGCUGCGGCUGCGGCGCCUGCGGGGAGAUGGCUUCUUCGAGGUGCCGGCCGGGGACCGGCUGGGAAGAUGCCGGAGCGUGAAAGAGUUCGAGAAGUUAAAUCGGAUCGGGGAGGGCACCUACGGCAUAGUGUACCGUGCCCGGGACACCGUGACAGAUGAAACCGUGGCAUUGAAGAAGGUGCGAAUGGACAAUGAGAAAGAUGGAAUGCCCAUCAGCAGCCUGCGGGAGAUCACCCUGCUGCUGCAGCUGCGGCACCCCAACAUCGUGGAGCUGAAGGAGGUGGUUGUAGGGAACCACCUGGAGAGUAUUUUCCUGGUGAUGGGCUACUGUGAACAAGACCUGGCCAGCCUCCUCGAGAACAUGCAGACGCCUUUUUCAGAGACUCAGGUGAAAUGUAUCAUCUUGCAAGUCCUCAAGGGCCUGCAGUACCUUCAUGAGAACUACAUCAUCCACAGGGAUCUGAAAGUGUCCAACCUGCUCAUGACUGAUAAAGGCUGCGUGAAGAUUGCGGAUUUUGGGCUGGCACGUACUUAUGGGAUGCCACCGAAGCCAAUGACCCCUAAAGUUGUCACGCUCUGGUACCGAGCACCUGAACUGCUGCUGGGGAUGACCACCCAGACCACCAGCAUUGACAUGUGGGCCGUGGGCUGCAUCCUUGCUGAGCUGCUGGCCCACAAGCCGCUGCUGCCAGGCACCUCGGAGAUUCACCAAAUCGACCUGAUUGUGCAGCUGCUGGGAACACCCAAUGAAAACAUCUGGCCGGGUUUCUCCAAGCUGCCCCUGGUGAGCCAGUACACCCUGCGGAAGCAGCCCUACAACAACCUGAAGCACAAGUUCCCCUGGCUGUCAGAGGCCGGGCUACGUCUGCUCAACUUCCUCUUCAUGUACGAUCCCAAGAAGCGGGCGACUGCAAAAGACUGCCUGGAGAGCUCCUACUUCAAGGAGAAACCGCUGCCCUGCGAGCCAGAGCUCAUGCCGACCUUCCCCCACCAUCGCAACAAGCGAGCGGCCACUACCAGUGCAGGGACGGAGAGCCAGGCGAAGCGCAGCAAGCCCUGAACCGCUGUCCCAUGGGAGGGAGCGUCUGCGGCCCUGGGGAGCCGGCAGGAGCCAGCCCUGCCAGGAGGAGGUACAGCGACGCAGGAGCAGGGACGGCCCCGUGGCUGGGCUGGGUGCAGGCUGUCUGCCCCGCUCUGCCGCCCGCUGGGGGCUUGCACCUUGCUCCGCGGUGGAGUGGCACUAAUGCUGCGGGCGCUGUCGCCUCCCGGGCCAGGCCUUGGCUGUGCUGCCCCAACCCUAUCAGCCCCAGGAAGGGUCUCACUAGGGGAGCCUGUCCCAGCCGCCAACACUCCAAGGUCCUGUGUGGAGCUGCUUGUGAUGGGAACAUGCACCAGCCAGACAGCUCAGCUGAAUCGCUGGUCCCGCGGUGGAGCGAAGAGUGCUGGACUGCAAUGGGGCAGUGCUGCAACCUGCUUCCCUUUGCUUAGUGCCAGCUUCCUUGUGCUGCUCCAGAUCUAAAGAGGCUGCAGCCCAGGGCGGCGCUGGGAGCUGCAGGUGGAUUGCAGCCCUGAGCCUUCCUCCUCCCUGGGGCUGGCAGCAGCAGCGCUGCCUGCCCGGGGUGGGAGAAAGGAGAGAGGUGGCCCUAGGCCUCCCUCGGGUUCAGUGGUGAGGUGUGAGGGUGCUGGCUGAGGGCUGGCCGGGGGAGGCCUCGGCGUGCUCGCUGUCUGCAGCAUGCCAGCUGCAUGCAUGGAUUUGUCUUCAUUAAAAGCAUCUGCAAGCAGCAAAGGUGA